AUGGCCUCGACGUCGUCUGCCGUCCCCUCGACGGCUCCUCGAAACGCUGCCUUGCGUCGUACCCUCACCUCCACCACCGUCACCGACUCCGAGUCCUCGGCCGCCGUCACCCCCUUCGACUCUCCACGGCCCUCGGCCUCGUCUACUUCUCUGUCCUCGCUCUCCUCCAAUGACGCCUCGUCUAAGUAUGCCGGUCUCGUCGACACCUAUGGCAACGACUUCUCCCCUCCCAACUUUACCAUCAAGGACAUUCGCGAUGCCAUCCCCAAGCACUGCUUCGAGCGCUCUGCCCUCACCGGCUACUCGUACAUCCUCCGCGACAUUGUCUGCCUCGCCACCACCUUUGUCGUCUUCCACAACUUCGUCGCCCCCGAGUACAUCUCAUCGACACCCCUUCGUGCUGCCCUCUGGGGCCUCUACACCGUUCUCCAAGGCCUCUUCGCCACCGGCCUCUGGGUUAUUGCUCACGAGUGCGGCCACGGCGCCUUUUCCCCUUCGCGCCUCGUCAACGACGUCACGGGCUGGGUCUUGCACUCGGCCCUCCUCGUCCCCUACUUUAGCUGGCAAAUAUCCCACGGCAAGCAUCACAAGGCCACCGGCCACAUGGAGCGCGACAUGGUCUUUGUCCCCAGGACCAGAGAGCAGCAGGCCUCGCGCGUCGGCCGCAUGGUGCACGAGCUUGGCGAGCUGACUGAGGAGACGCCCGCCUAUACUCUGUUGAUGCUGGUCCUUCAGCAGCUGGUUGGCUGGCCCAACUAUCUCCUCACAAACGUCACUGGCCACGACUACCACGAGCGUCAGCGCGAGGGCCGGGGCAAGGGCAAGAUGAACGGCCUCGGCGGUGGCGUCAACCACUUUGAUCCCCGCAGCCCGCUGUACGAGCAAAAAGAUGCCAAGCUCAUCGUCCUGAGCGACAUUGGCAUCGGUCUCGCCGCCGCCGCUCUCGUCUAUCUCGGCAAUCGGUUCGGGUGGUCCAACCUGGCCGUCUGGUACUUUGUUCCCUAUCUCUGGGUCAAUCACUGGCUGGUUGCAAUCACCUUUCUCCAGCACACGGAUCCAUCUCUGCCUCACUACACCGGCGAUGAAUGGAACUUUGUUCGGGGCGCCGCCGCAACAAUCGAUCGCGAGAUGGGUUUCAUUGGCCGCCAUCUGCUCCAUGGGAUCAUCGAAACCCACGUCCUGCACCACUACGUCAGCUCAAUCCCGUUUUACCAUGCCGACGAGGCCUCUGACGCCAUCCGACCGAUCAUGGGCAAGCACUACCGAUCUGACACCGAGGGCGGCCCUCUGGGCUUUAUUCGUGCCCUCUGGCGAAGCGGUCGCAUGUGCCAGUGGGUCGAGCCCAGUGAAAACGCCCAGGGCGCGGCCAAGGGUAUCCUGUUCUUUCGCAAUCGGAACGGCCUAGGGACAAAGCCCUUAUCUACAAAGUUCGAGUGA